AUGGGACAUGAGGAGCAUGGAGGGACUUGGCACAUGGACGCAGCUCAACUGGAUACGCAAAGGAAGAAGGGAGAAGCCAUCUUGAAGACCAGCUCGACCGUCUACUCGACCAACCGGUCGAGUUCCUCAACUCGACCGGCCAAGCUUCAACUCGAUCGAGCUGAGAAGUCAACAGUCAAACCCGAAAAAUCUGAAGAUCGAGUCCAGGAGAAUGCGGAUUUGGGUGAGCCUGAGUGCUACGAUUUUGAGGAGUAUGAGGCUCCAAGGAUGAACCCCUCUGUUGUGGCAGCCCACAAGAGAAUUGGACUUCUCCAAAGGUUCAACAAGUGGCAAGGGAAAGCCAUGGAAAAGAUGCAAAAGUCCAUGGACAAGAUGGUGAGCAAGAUCAAGAGUUUGGAGAAGAAAGUCUCUGGUUCUUCAAGCAAGAAGAAGAAGUCCAAGACUCCCACCAAGGAGGAAGGAGAAGACAACUCGCAGAGGAGGAGGAAGAGUUCCAAAACUCGACGCUCCAACUCGAUCAGCGAGCUCGACCGAGCUGAGGGUCGAGUUGACCUGGAGGAGCCCCUGUUUGAGAACCUGGGUUCGAGUACGAUUCAACGCAGUACCAGGACUUCUCUCAGACUCUCUGGACUCCCUACAACUGCUUCGAGCAAGCGCAGCUCCUCCAAGGCCAAGGUAGCCACACACAUUUCAACGAUGAAGAAGAGGAAGAAGAGGAGCCUCAAGCUCGAUCGAGUGAGCCGAACCCAGUCGAGUGGAGUGUCCUGA